AUGGAGUUCGAGGAGGACGGUAUCGGGGAGGAGUGCGGGGUUUUCGGCUGCGUGGCGGCGGGAGAGUGGCCCACCCAGCUGGAGGUGGCUCAAGUGUUGACACUGGGACUCGUGGCGUUGCAGCACAGGGGUCAGGAAAGUGCUGGGGUUGUCACAAGCAAUGGAGCCAGUCCACCCACAUACACAAGUCACAAGGGCAUGGGAUUAGUGAGCUCAGCUUUCCCCGCGGAGGCCCUUCUCAAACUGCGCUAUGGUAACCUCGGCAUUUGUCACACGCGCUAUUCAACCACGGGGAUCUCGGAGCUGCAGAACUGCCAGCCCUUUGUGGUGGAUACGCUGCAUGGGAAGAUCGCCGUGGCCCACAACGGAGAGCUGGUCAAUGCCCGGGCCCUGAGGAAAAAGGUUAUGCGCCAUGGUGUCGGGCUUUCUACCUGCUCGGACAGUGAGCUCAUCACCCAGCUGCUGGCUCUGACCCCCCCCAUGGAGGAGCUGGACACGCCCGACUGGGUUGCCAGAAUUAAGAACCUCAUGUCUGAAACGCCUUCAUCAUACUCACUGUUGGUCAUGUACAAAGAUGUCAUCUAUGCGGUGCGCGACCCCUAUGGAAAUCGGCCCCUCUGCAUCGGAAGGGUCGUUCCCAUCUCUAAGCUCCACAGCGCAGCUGCAGGAGAGGAGGACACUGAGGGUUGGGUUGUGUCAUCGGAGUCAUGCAGCUUCCAGUCCAUUGGUGCCAAGUAUUACAGAGAGGUCCUACCAGGCGAGAUCGUCCAGAUAUCCAGACACGGUGUGAAGUCUCUAAGUGUCGUGCGCCGCCCCGAAGGAGACCUCCCCGCCUUCUGCAUCUUUGAAUAUGUGUACUUCGCCCGGCCGGACUCCAUCUUCGAAGGACAGAUGGUGUACACGGUCAGGCAGCGCUGCGGCCGGCAGCUGGCCAUCGAGGCCCCGACAGACGCGGACGUGGUCAGCACCGUCCCGGAGUCGGCCACCCCCGCCGCCCUGGGUUACGCUCAGCAGUCUGGUCUUCCCUACAUGGAGGUUCUGUGUAAGAACCGCUACGUGGGGAGGACGUUUAUUCAGCCAAACACCCGCUUGAGGCAACUGGGAGUCGCCAAGAAGUUUGGGGUAUUGACGGACAACUUUGCCGGGAAACGAGUGGUGCUGAUCGACGACUCCAUCGUCAGGGGCAACACGAUCUCCCCCAUUAUCAAACUUCUGAGGGAAGCGGGUGCGACAGAGGUCCACAUCAGGGUGGCCUCCCCUCCAAUCAAGUUCCCAUGCUACAUGGGCAUCAACAUUCCCACGAAGGAAGAGCUCAUUGCCAACAAGCCGGAGUUUAAGGACAUUGCAGGCUACAUUGGCGCCGACAGCGUGGAGUAUCUAACCGUGGAGGGCCUGGUAUCGGCCGUCCAGGAGGGGAUAACCUCCCUCAAAGAGGACGAGAUGGGCUCCAGUAACGGCUGUAGAGGGAAAGUGGGCCACUGCACGGCCUGCCUGACGGGGAAAUAUCCGGUGGAGCUGGAGUGGUGA